AGUGGAUAAGAAAGCGAGCGAUUACUCCCGUGAAAUCAUCCUCUUGAAAGGACAUUUUACACAUAGCUGAGUAGCCCAAGGAACGUCGCAACCAUAGCUUUCAGCAGAUCCGGACACAACUUCAGCACCUCGCUGACCCCAGCCACUAGGUCCCAAGGAUGGCCCCUCCUCGGCUCAGCCGGUAGUUUAGGUGGUAGUGGACUAGCGAGCGCAAUAUCACAAUCCUCUCUCAGCAACCUCGGCUCAGAUCCCUCACUAACUUCAGAACAACUCAAAUCCCUCUACCGACAGACCAGUACAAACAAUCCCAGCACCAAUGCAUCCUCCUUUGGCAAAUCAGUCAUACCAGAAACCUUGGAGCGGCUCAAGGAGGAAUUCAGUUUUAUGCAGGCUCAGAUACAUCAACUCAAUGCGGAGCGAGAAAAACACUCGGUAGAAAGACAGGAUCUACACAGACAAGCAGUUAUGUAUUACGAGAUGAGCUACGGUCUAAACGUGGAGAAGCACAAACAUAUGGAGAUAGCGAAACGACUAGGUCUUAUCAUCCAGCAAUCCAUCCCGUAUCUACCCUUGGAGCAACAGCAGAUAGCUCUGCAGGCGGUGGAGCGUGCUAAACAGGUCACCAUGGCCGAGCUCAACACUAUUAUUGCAGCGAACGAGCAUGGAACCCACGGACUAUCAGGUAACCCUCUCUCCCUCCCACACCCUACCCACCUCAACAUUCCCAGCUCUAACGCCAGUAACAACCUUCUCGUACUCUCCAACCUGCUGGAGGGGCAGCCUCGUCUCUCACUCGGAGAUAAGGACAAGGAAGCAGCCACUGCCUCUCUAAUGUCGCAAAUCAAGCGAGAAGACGAAGGUCGGAUGUUUAAACCGGUGAUAAAAUCAAACGGUAACUCCUCUCACAACAGCGCACUACUUGACGCCUACUUCAAGUCUCAAGCACAGCAGAUGCCCACGAGCGGACUGAGUCCCUUGCCGAGUGUGAAGAGGGACAGACCCACAGAGGUACAUAAACCUCAGGGAAUUGAGAUGGCGGGCCUCAUAUCAAGGACCGCUAGCAGGUCCAACAGCACGAUACAUUACCAAACAGACUCCGUCUCUCAACCCGAGAAGAAGAGACUGAAGGAGGAGACGGAGGGAAGAAGGGAGAGUGACGGAGAGAAGAGUGAUAACGAACAGCUGGUGGUCGACGUGUCCAAUGAGGAUCCCUUAUCGCCGAGCAACACACUACGAAAGGAAUCGCCCCACUUAAAGGCGAUGGCUGCGAGUGCGGGUAAGAACGGUACAGCUACAGAUAAACCCGACGCUACAGUUCAGAGGUCCGGUACACCUUCCUCCAAUGACUCAGCCUCUUCCACUCCCAAUAGACUGGUACAGGACAUCAAGGCAGUGAGCUCCACUCCUCCAUCCUCUACUCCCACUUCCACUGUCGCUAUCGGCAAACCAAAAGCCACGUCACUAGUUCAGCCACAACCCCAGAUGAAACACCCUCUCCAGCCGUUCGGCAACAUUCCCUCCUCCUACCUGGUCACUCCACAGUUUGUAGGAGGAGACUUCAGCUCCCUUUCCCAGUCCGGCAUGGUUCCCGGAGGUGGUCUGGGAAGUAGUCUCGUUCAGGGCGGACUCUCUGGCAUGCCUAACUUCAAGACACCAUUCAGCGACGGACCCCUCAACCGAUCCUCCACCAGCUUACCCAGUUCGGGAAAAACGUACUCGUACUGUCAGAAUGGACCCAACAGUGAUCUCGUCCCAACACAGUUCCCCGCAGACUGUAACCUUGGUCCUAAAAUCCCCAAAUCAGCUAAAGCAAUACAGACUCUCCAUCACGGCGAGGUGGUCUGUGCUGUUGCUAUUGGACAUUCGUGGCCGAACAGACACGCCUACACGGGAGGUAAAGGGUGUGUGAAGGUCUGGGACAUAAGCCCAAACGCUCCAGCAUCCGUUAAAGAACCAGUCUACUCGAUAGAAUGCUUGAAAGACAACUAUAUUCGAGUGUGUAAGUUGCUGCCGGAUGGGAGGCAGUUGUUGGUGUGUGGCGAAGCUCCCACUCUUACACUCUGGGAUCUCACUCAGGGUAAGCCAAUACAGAAGGGGGAGAUAAAGUCGACAGCCCCGGCGUGUUACGCUGUUGCAAUAUCUCCGGACAACAAAACUUGUUUUAGUUGCUGUAGUGACGGCAACAUUGCUGUCUGGGACCUUCACAACCAAAAACUCAUCAAUCAGUUCCAAGGACACACGGACGGUGCAAGUUGCACAGAUAUUUCUACAGAUGGAACCAAACUAUGGACGGGUGGAUUGGACAAUACUGUACGGUCUUGGGACUUGAGAGAGCCGACUCAGAAGUUGGAAACAUACGAGUUCUCGUCUCAAAUAUUUUCCUUGGGAUACUGUCCUAAAGAAGACUGGGUCGCAGUCGGAAUGGAGUCGUGCUACAUAGAACUGUUCAACGUUAACACAUCCAUCACGGAGAAAUACCAGCUCCAGAAACACGAGAGUAGCGUCCUAUCCCUCAAGUUCUCUUCAGGAGGCGACUGGUUUGUAACCACCGGCAAAGAUAACCAGCUCAAUAUGUGGACCACUCCUCACGGAUACAGCAUUUAUCAGUCGCUGGAGGCAGGGUCGGUUCUUGGCUGUGACAUAUCUGAAGAUGAUCGCUUCAUUAUAACGGGGUCAGGUGACAAAAAGGCAACCCUAUACGAAGUAAUCUACUGAGCCCUGACUUGGCUAGGCGCCAGUAUCUUGAUAUCACAGAACUCCGUGACAGAGAAUUAAGCAGUCCUUCGCACGUGCAGCUAGGUUAAAUACCAGGCCCAACACUCGCAGUAACGCGCACCGUACAUCUUGUACUUUCAGAUGUGCAGUGCACAAAGAUUGAGAUGAUGAUAGACAAUUUAGAGCUGACCAACCAAACAAAAAACUGACACAAUAUUGGCGUAAAGAAGUGUGGUAUUUGAUAGACUUGAGGCGUAUUUCACAAAGAAGUGUGGUAUUUGAUAGACUAGAGGCGUAUUUCUCCCAUUGGCGUUUUCUGGGAUUGUGCGGGGUUUGUUACUUUUAAAAUUAUUUCAUAGUUCACGUUAACUUCAUUCUUUAAAACGAUGACAAUUAACUUUCGUUAAAGUUGUUGAAUCUCUAAUAAAGGAAAAAAAUAGAUUGUUAAAGCUAUUUAUUGAGGCUAGAUAUUAUUGAUUAUUAUGAUGCGUAAUUCAGACUCGAAAAUGUAUGGUAAAACCCCGAUUUGCCGAAACUCAUGAGCAUAAUGGGGGCCUUGAUUCCCAAACACCAGCUGAUGUUUUAUUUCGGGAAAUGUAUGACGUAAGUCAAGGCACGGUAAGUCGAGGUUUGGCCAGUUGGGGGUCAGUUAUCCCCGCCAAACGCUGAUUGAGGAUCUUUUGGUUUAAACGGGUACCUUAUUUUUUAUGGAAUUACGGUUAGAGUGGUUGGAUUCCUUGUUGGACAGGUGAAAUUAGGACUUGCCUAUGGGAUUUUGGGGUACUUAUCUAUUGUGCUGUGUAUUUGAUAUACUUCAUUUAAUAUAUUGUGAGUGCUGUGGUGACUGAUUUAAAGGCAAAACUUGAACUUAAGAAAAUUGAUUUUUAAUAAGGAACUCCGAUUCGUUUGUUUAAGUUUUGCUGAGUCAUUUCGCCAAGUUUGAAUUAUCUUUAAGUUUAACCUUGAUACUAUUUAAGUAAAAGUCAUGGACGAUUCUCCGUCAAGUGGUGUGAAAUGGUUUAAAUUUUACUGUUUUUAUGUAAAUUAUAUAUUUUUAGUAUCACGCUAUGAUUA